ACGAAAUGCAUGAAAGUAGGGUAAACAGGGAGAUGUGGUGAUCCUUGUUCUCAUCACUAUUUGGAAGACUGAGCGGAAGCAGUCCUCUACCAGAUGGAAGCUGUGGCUGUCCUCACCAUCACCUCAUCAAAACAAAAGGCUCUUCAGAUAUGUCCGAACUUGGUGAUGUCUGAGCUGCAGCUGACCCACAAUAACCUCAUGCCUUCAACUUUCCCCCACUUUUGAGCAUCAAAAGGACAAAAAGUGAUGCUGAAACACAACAACAGAGGAACGUGUCAAAGAAUCACACUUUGGUAACUGGAUCAUUUAACACCAAGAAACGAGAACCCAAAACUUUGAGUCGAGUCCAGGCAGCGCAUUGGUACACGCUCAACGAGAAAACAUCAUGUGAACAACAACAUCCGUUCAUGUUUAAAGCAAAAAUGUCAAGAGGGAGAAAUUGAAACGUGAAACGUGAUUCCAUCAGGUUUGUGACGUGAGAGACGCGUGUGGUGCUGUGGGUUCAGGGUUCUGCUGCUGCUGCGAGCGGCCUUUACUGGGACAUCGGGGGGGGAUGUGUGUGUGUGUGUGUGGGGGGGUGAAGCAACCGGCCGUGGUUGACAGAUGCCCCCAGAAAGCCACUAACAGGAUGACGCCAGCGCUGCCAGCACCGUGGGCUAAAGUCGGAUUAUGUCUGAGCAGUAGAUAAACAGAUUAUUCCAGAAAUGGUGCCUACUUUUUUAACCUUGUCACUCUUGCCACACUUACAGCUCCACUGUCCCACAAUCCCCUUGGGCAGACGAGGAGGCGGCACGGCGCGGCGCGCGCUCCCAGCACAGCACACGUUUAUGGUGAGCGUUGCACCGGCAACUCUGGGGCUUAAACGAGCCAGCGUCUCCGAGCCGAACUCCCACCACCUCCACCUCACAGCUGAAGCACCCAUGAGCUCCACCUGAGCCGCACCUCCCCUCACCCGCUGGAUUCACGCUGAAAGCCCACAUUUGGGAGCUCCUCCGCCAUGCUUUGGGAAUUCGGCCUUGUGCUACUGCUCCUUGCUCCACAAGCUGCUGCAAUUAAAGUGAGCAGCGUCGGGCCGGACGCUGGAGCCAACGUCAGCUCGCCGCGUUUGGCAGAACUGCUGAAGGUGUCGACGCAGUCCAAAGCCUCGAGCUUUGCACCCGGCCCACGUCGAUCCAAGAGGUCGGUGUUUCUACACUCGGGAGUGAAGAUCUGCCCCCAGGAGAGCGUCGGCGAAGUGGUGGCCAGUCACCAGGCCUACUACCAGCUCCGAGUUUGUCAGGAGGCGGUGUGGGAGGCGUUCAGGAUCUUCUUCGACAGGAUCCCCGGCACGGCAGAGUAUCAGCGAUGGGUUCACACGUGUCAACAUGAGGCGCUGUGCAUCUCCGACCUCGCCAAGAACUUCAGCAGCUCCGAGGAGCACAUGAGCUUGAUUCACAGGAGGAUGAACCGGAUGAGAGACGGCAGACCGGCGCCGCGAGGCCCAGCGACUCCUGCACCGACGCAGCAGCUCCCAGUGACGGCAGCUCCAGAACUGCAGACGGACGGCCCGACUGUGGCCCCAGAGAUCGGCACCGCUCCAGGCCCGUCUCUGGACCAGAACCAGGCUGAAGAGGACACGGAGCUUCCUAAUGUGGUCCCAGAGAGUCCGGUGGAGCAGCUGGUGGACUUCAGCAUCGACCUGGUGGACCCGGGUUACAGGGAGCUGCUGGACGACCCAGACUCGCCUCAGUACGUGGAUCUGGCUCAGCACCUGCAGGACCAGAUGCGGCAUGUUUUUGACAAACUUCCAGGAUUUCAAUCCAUCCACGUCCUGAGAAUCAGUGCGAGCGAGAGCCGGGACGCUGACAGACCUGGAGGAAUCUCUGUGCACUACUCCCUCGUCUUUGAGAUCAACUCACCCAAGAUCGGGUCGGAGACGGCGACGGACGCGCCAGACGUGCUCAGACAAAUGGUCAGCAAGGCUUUACGUGAGGAGGCGUCGCUGCCGGUGGACCUGCAGUCGCUGAGCUUCAGCCCGGACGCUGUCCUUCUACCAGCACUGACGUCAAGCUCCUCAGUGGAGGCUGUGGAGGAGCCCGACGAGCCCGAUGAGCCCGACUCACCUAACGAGCCCAAUGAGCCCGACUCAGCUAACGAGCCCGAGGAACCCAAUGAGCCCAACGAGCCCAACGAGCCCGACUCACCUAACGAGCCCAACGAGACCGAUGAGCCCGACUCACCUAACGAGCCCGACUCACCUAACGAGCCCGACUCACCUAACGAGCCCAACUUACCUAACGAGCCCAACUUACCUAACGAGCCCGACUCACCUAACGAGCCCGAGGAGCCCGAGGAACCCAAUGAGCCCAGUGAGUCCGAGGAGCCCAACGAGCCCAACGAGCCCGACUCACCUUACGAGCCCAACGAGCCCGAUGAGCCCGACUCACCUAACGAGCCCGACUCACCUAACGAGCCCGACUCACCUAACGAGCCCAACGAGCCCGAUGAGCCCAACGAGCCCGACUCACAUAACGAGCCCAACGAGCCCGAUGAGCCCAACGAGCCCGACUCACAUAACGAGCCCGACUCACAUAACGAACUGGACGUUUCCACUGAUGAGCCAGAGCUCGAUGAACCUCUGCUGGUUCCUCUCACCCCCAUGGAAAAGGAGAACGCCCUGGUGACCCUGCUGGACCCCACGGCCGAGUCCGAGCCGUCAGAGGAACUGCUGAUCAUCACACAGGAGAUUGAAAGAAUUCACCACAACGAAACAGGGAAACUGGUGAGAGACUACGUCCCGACGGCUCCUGUGGGUCUGAGCGAUGCUCCGCUGUCUCCCAACCAGAUUUCAGAGGAAGACUUAACCCCCGUUGAUGAGAGUCUGGGUGUUACCGUGGCAACCCAGGUCUUAGUAACCACAGCCGGAGAGGAGGCAACGCAGCAGCCAGCGACCGAGCCUCAGGAGCAGGACAUCAACGCGCUCCCAGACGAAGACCAGCUCGACCUGCUUCUCCCAGAACCCUACGGUCCCGCUGUCGACGCUUCGGACCUGGAGCCUGAAGAGAAUUUGUUCGCAGUAGAUGAAGAGUUAGAAGAACAGAGUGACAUUUCUGAACCAGAAGAUGAGAAAGUGGACGUGUUAGGAGCAGGCGAAGUUUCAGAACCGGAACCAGAGCAAGAAGGAGAAGAAACAGAGAGUCCAGAACCAGAGACUGAGCCGGAUCAUGGCGCCGCUGACAAGGUGCUGCAGCCAGGAGAGGAAGUUACAGAACCAGAACCUGCUCUUGAUGUAGAGGAGAGCUCAGAACAAGCUCCAACUCCAGAUGCAGCACCUGAAUCAGGUGGGAAUGAGGGUGAAAAAGAAAAGGUGGUUGUAUCUCCAGGACCGCAAGAACCGGAACCAGAGGAUCCGAAAGCAGAAGGAGAUGAUACUGAAGAGGAUGAAGAUGAGGAAUCAGACUUAUUAGAACCAGGACUAGCACCAAGUGAGAUAAGUGACCUAACUGAAGCAAAUAUACCAGACGCUGAUGUGCCUGAGGGGUUUACAGAACCAAGUGAAACACUGUUAGAGGUUACAGAACCAGAACCAGGGACGAACCCACAAACACCAGAUCCAGUUGAACCGUCACAGACAGAUGAAGCAGUAUUCAUAGCUCCAGCACCACACGGGGAGCCGGUCCACGUCUCAGAACCGCAACAUCCACCUGAUGCCGACGACAGAGCAGAACAAGAAAAGGAACCAGAGGGCUCGGAACCGGUGGAUCCAGAUGAGUCCCACAGCGAAGCAGGCGUCACAGAACCGCCAGCAGAAUCAAUUAAAGUCCUUCAGCCUGAGGACGGAGGGACGGACACAGAGCAGCUUCACUCUCAAGAUAACGGGUUCCUCCAGCCGGUAGCGGAGGAUCAUGAGGCCGUCGUCCCAACAGACACCCAACCCAACCAGGCUCAUCAUGAAUAUCCCGCCACCGGCGCCGAGGACGUGGAGGAGCAGGGAGACAGCGGAGACGCCUCAGCACAGGAGACGCAAGGCCCCGGGCCCAGUGUGACGGCAGCACCGGCGUCAGACCCGGUCCCGGCACCUCCAGCCGGUCCUGGCAGCGAGUCCGACCUGGCCUCACCCGGCCCCACUAUAGACUCUGGACUCUUUGAGAUAUCUGAGGAUUCUGUUCCCGAGUCCUCAGAGGUCGAUGCUACAGAAGAGGAAGACGCGGAGCAGGUUGUGGUCAUUGGUGAAGAGUUGGAUAAAACGCAGAGCGAAGGCCCGGGCAGUUCUGACGGAGGCGUCCAGGACCUGGCCGUGGAGCUGGACAAGCCAGACGUGGCAGCGACGGAGGCCGGCGAGCUGCUGGACGCGGGCAGCGGGUUCCCGGCGCCGGACGAGGAGCGGGUCGCCGUGACGGCCGCGGCCCCGCCCCCGGCCCCGCCCCCCGCCAGGUACCUGACCACGCCCUCGGCGACCACGGCCAACCACGGCAGGGAGCUGGUGGUGUUCUUCAGCCUGCGAGUCACCAACCUCAACUUCUCUGACGACCUCUUCAACAAGACGUCGCCCGAGUACAGGUCGCUGGAGAGCACCUUCCUGGACGUGCUGCUGCCGCACCUGCAGGCCAACCUGACGGGCUUCAGGAAGCUGGAGAUCCUCAACUUCAGGAAGGGCAGCGUGGUCGUCAACAGCAAGAUGAAGUUCGCCAGGUCGGUGCCGUACAACAUCACCAAGGCCGUGCACUGCGUCCUGGAGGAGUUCUGCUCCGCCGCCUCCAGGAACCUGCACAUCCAGAUCGACACUCACUCCCUGGACGUGGAACCAGCCGACCGGGCCGAUCCCUGCAAGUUCCUGGCCUGCGGCGCCGCCUCGCGCUGCGUGCUGAACGCCUGGACCCGGGAGGCGCGGUGCGCGUGUGAGCCGGGCUUCGUGUCGCUGGACGAGCGGCCGUGUCAGAGCGUGUGCGCCGUCAGACCCGACUUCUGCCGGGGAGGCGAGUGCCACGUGGUCCCCGGACACGGCGCCGUGUGCAGAUACGGGGACGGAUCCUCCGUCGGACGUCUGGCCAGUUAAAGGAGCGUCGGCUGAACAGACUCCAUGAAACACGACUCAGCGGUAGGAAGUCGGGACUCAAGCCCAACGCGUCUGGAUAAAAAGUUCUUCUGAGCUGAAGGCUUUGAGGACAAGCUUCCCUCAGGGACACGGACUUUUAGGCCACGAAACGUCAGAGGAUGAAGAGGAGGUCGGACGGAUGGCGGCUGUCUCACAUCGAUCCACUAGACCUUUUAUACACGCCUGCUCCGCUGCUUGUUCUGUAGCCUUUGAGUAAAAGCUGCUGCACCGACGCCCUAACGUUUACCUGGAACCUGUUCAAAUAGUGGCUCUGGGCACAAGAGGUCACAUUGUAGUGAUAGUUUUAGGCUUUAAAGGCUUCAGAGGUCACGACUGCACACAAGGUGAAACAACACGACAGCGGCAUCACGUUUAGUGACACCACACGCUAACGGGGAGCUGCAGCGCUAACACCAGGGCCCGUUAGCGCUGCAGCUUCCUGUAGCAGCCGGGGCUGAUGGGACACGUGACCUCUGAGCUCCUCCAGGGUCGUGGGACGUCUCCGUCCCGUCUAAAGGCUGCGACGGGUCGGAGCCGUGGCCCGUUCCGGAAAAAGCCUUCAGACGAGAAGGAAACGUCUCCAGGACUUGAUCUGAUGUGGAUGGAAGUCGUUGUUCAGUGUAAACAGGAACAGGAAGCUUCCUGUCUGUUGUACAGUUUGUGUAAAUACCCCCACGCUGAUCUGGACCUUUCUGUGUAACACUGUGAUUGAAAUGUGCAGUUACAAAUACAAGCUGUUCCAGAACCCGCACAA